CAGUCUGUGACCGCAGGGACAGAAACAGUCUGCUCCUCCUCUCAUCUGCUCCGCUACAGGAAACAUAGGGAUCUUUGUCUCAACCCCUGGUAGUAAUAGUCCACAAAUCCGUCAACAAAAGGGAGCAGCCAUGCCUUUCGGGAACACGCACAACCAGCUGAAGCUCAAGUUCUCGUCCGCGGACGAGUAUCCGGACCUGAGCAAACACAACAACCACAUGGCCAAGGUCCUCACUCCGGACAUGUACGAGCGGCUGAGGAGCAAACAGACGCCCAGCGGGUUCACCCUGGAUGACGUCAUCCAGACUGGGGUUGAUAAUCCAGGUCACCCCUUCAUCAUGACGGUGGGCUGCGUCGCCGGGGACGAGGAGACGUACGACGUCUUCAGCGAGCUGCUGGACCCCAUCAUCGAGGACAGACACGGAGGAUACAAGCCCACAGACAAGCACAAGACUGACAUCGAAGCCGGCAACCUGAAGGGCGGCGAUGACCUCGACUCCGACUACGUCCUGAGCUCCCGCGUGCGAACAGGACGCAGCAUCCGCGGCUUCUGUCUGCCACCGCACUGCAGCCGAGGAGAGCGCCGCGCCGUGGAGACGCUGUCCAUCGAAGCUCUGGACUCUCUGAGCGGCGACCUGAACGGGAAAUACUACGCCCUGAAGAACAUGACGGACGCCGAGCAGCAGCAGCUCAUCGACGACCACUUCCUGUUCGACAAGCCCGUGUCUCCUCUGCUGCUGGCGUCAGGAAUGGCCCGCGACUGGCCCGACGCCAGGGGAAUCUGGCACAACGACAACAAGACAUUCCUGGUGUGGGUGAACGAGGAGGAUCACCUGCGCGUCAUCUCCAUGCAGAAGGGCGGGAACAUGAAGGAGGUGUUCAACCGCUUCUGCACCGGACUCACCAAGAUCGAGAGCCUGUUUAAGGAGCGAGGCCACGCCUUUAUGUGGAACGAGCACCUGGGCUACGUCCUCACCUGUCCGUCCAACCUGGGCACCGGUCUGCGCGCCGGCGUCCACGUCAAACUGCCCAACAUGAGCAAACACGCCAAGUUCGAGGACGUUCUCAAGAGGCUGAGGCUCCAGAAACGUGGAACCGGUGGCGUGGACACGGCCGCGGUGGGCGGAGUCUUCGACAUCUCUAACGCAGACAGACUGGGCUUCUCUGAGGUGGAGCUGGUGCAGACGGUGGUCGACGGAAUCAAACUGCUGGUGGAGAUGGAGAAGAGGCUGGAGAAGGGAGAGUCUGUCGAAGACCUGAUUCCUGCACAGAAGUAAAACAAAGACCACGACCACCGUCCUGACGCACAAACACGUCCUCCUGCACUUCCUCGUCCUCCUCGUCCUCCUCCUCGUCCUCCUCUCCUGUGUCUGAGUGAAUGUUUGACUCCGUAUCACACAGUCGUCGUCGUCCGGAUUUGUUCAUGUAUUUAAAAAUGAAAAAGUGUUCAUGUGAGGAUGGAUCUGCAAUCUAAUAAAAGAAACUCUGGUUGAA